ACGAUCCCAACAUCGACAAUGAUUCGAACAACAACGGUGAUGAUGUGAUGCUGCUGAUGAUAUGGAUGAUGAUGAUGAUGAUGAUGAUGAUGAUGAUGGUGAUGACGAUGAUGACUGUGAUGAGGAAAACCAGGAGGAGGAGGUUACCAUCACGAUGCAGACAGGGACAAUGAUUAUAACAACAACGGUGCUGAUGAUGACGAUGAUGAUAAUGCUGACGACGAUGCUGACAAGUGGCAUGAUGAUGGCUAUGACGAGGAGGAGGAGCAGGAGCAUGGGUGUGGGGGGAGGAGGGGGAGGAGGGGGAAGAGCAGGAGGAGGAGCAGGGGGUCUUACCAAUCACGAUGCAGACAAGGACAAUCCUUCCAACAACAACAGUGAUGAUGAUGACGAUAAUGGUAAUGAUGAUGAUGAUGAUGAUGACGAUAAUGAUGAUGAUGAUGAUGAUGAUAAGAUAAUGAUGAUGAUGACGGCGAUGCUGACAAGCUUUUGUUAUGAGGAGGAGUUCGGCGGCUCGACUCAACUCGGUCAUCCUCUGCCGAAUGACGUGGUACUAAGGCGAAGAGGCUACGUUGUGGACCACAGGGCCAUCAGACUCGGAGAGGGAUCCCAGGUUUAUUGGAAAGCGAAAAGAGGGCUGCAAAAAUGGGCGCAAUUUCAAUUACCAUGGGCAUUUGUAAACCCUUCCACGCCGAUUGCGGUGGGCUCAAAGGUGUGUGUUUGCGCACAUACGCUUGCAGUGUGGGUCCUAAACCCGCUCGAAAUUGUUUAUGUACAAGAUUACGAUGGCCUCUCAGGAGCUGAGAAGACAACCACUGCUACUGCUACUGCUACUGCUACUGCUACUGCUGGUGCCGCUGCUGGUGCUGCUGCUGCUGGUGCUGCUGCCGGUGCUGCUGCUGCAGGUUCGGUAUCCAUGAAGCAUGUGACAAUGUGGAGGACAGGAGCCCCUUCGAAGUCGCAGACGAGAGUACGGGCCAGUGAGAAGACAGAAAAUUACUUGGAGUCCAGUGGGGCAUUAGAAGUGGGGAGGCAGAUUAGACAGCAGAAGGAGAAAGGCCAGCAGUGCCAUGAGGUGUCAACGAUGAAGAAAAGGGCAAGCUUUGCAUUUGGCCAUGGCACCUUGAAGGGCCACUUCCUGCGUUUAACGUACCGCAGGCGGCACUCGUACGCUUCGAAGUCCAAUCAGACGCCAGUGGUCAAGACGCCCGGUGGGCGUCUCACAUUCCACUACCCAGGGAAGAGAGGGCAGGGACCCAUUUGCUCCAAUUGUCCCAACAGACUUCCUGGGAUACCCCAUAGGCGUCCUACGGACUACAAGAGGAUGUCCCUCAGACAGAAGAGAGUGAACCGAGCAUACGGUGGUGAAGAAGGUACUCAAGGUUGUGGGAGGAUGUCCCAUAACCGUGCCGGCGAAGAGCGAUUUGCGGUCGAUUGGCGUGAAGACGAUUCGGUGUGGUAUGAGGUCAUGGCCUUCUCCCGGCCGGCAAAUUUGAUCACGUCAGCUAUGUACCCUCUCGCUCGCUACUUUCAGCGGCAGUUCGGCAAGCAAUCGACAGAGGCGAUGGAAAACUACAUGGGCAUCAAAACUCCACAGCCAAAGUCAUGAAAGCUUUUUUUUUCCCUUCGUAAAAAAAAGGCUUUUUUUAAGUUUUUUUUUUUUUUUCCUUUCAAUUUUUUUUUUAAAUAUAAUCUUUAAGUUGGGCAUAGAAACUCUCCAUCCAAAGCCAUAAAACUUGAUAAAAGCUUUUUCCCUUUGAAAAAGGAAAACAAAAAAACGCAGUUCAUAAUUCAAAUAGCUUUUGUCUUACUAGCUUUUAGUUCUUUGGAAUUGUUUUUUCUUUCUUUCGAUUUUGUUUUUUUUAAUAAAUUGUAAAUUUUUAG